GCGGAGCACGCAUCCCGGCAGAUAGUAGCACGGCUAUAAAACAAACGGUCCAGCCGCCCGCUGCACGUCACACCGCGCCUCACGAUGGCUGCUGCUGCUCGUCUCCUCCGCCUGCUGCCGCCGCUAUUGUUGGCAGUCAGCUGCGUCCUCGCUGCGCCAAGCAUCACAUCGGAAGAGAUGAGGACGGACAUCAUGGUGAUACAACAGUGCAACGAAACGCACCCUGUGCCGCUUAUGGACAUGAAUAGGGCACUGAUCAAUAAAAAGAUAGAUCCAGAAAACAUUGGUUUCAAGUGUUUUGUGUUCUGUCUUCUCAACAAGUACGAGUGGAUGGAUGACGAAGGCGGCUUCCUCAUAGCAAACAUGAAGCACAAUUUGUCCGAUUCUCACCUCGACCAAUUAAGCAUCGAUUUUCUCGUUUAUAAAUGUUCUGCGACAGGCUCAUCGGACAAAUGUGAGCGGGCCUAUCGAUUUACGGAAUGCUUCUGGGGCGAGGUGACCAAGUUCCCAGACAACUCUGAUGAGAAGUUCGACGAUCCCAACUUAUUUGCACUAUAUCAGUGACGAAGAGGUAGUUCCAGUUCCAGGAUGACUGUCUCGCCCCAAAAUGAGUGUCCGUGCUGUGAACGCCAAUACUUGUGAAAUUUUAGCAAAGAAUGGAGUCAAAACAUGAAUUCAGUGUAUUUAUUUUAUUUAUAAAAAUACAAACCAGUAUACAGUGAAAUAGAUCUUUGUGGUAUGACAAUCAUUAUUCAAGUGCAAUA